AUGGCUUCCUCUGCUAUACAACCAGACCCCCCUACAGGGGAACACCUUAACACUGGACAAACCAAUAAAACCCCAACCUCAACACCACCAGCUCUAUCUACAACAAACACUCCAACCCAUGGAACUCCCUUAUCGUACUCUUCUGCAAUUAUCACUGUAGUCCUUGGCUCAAAUGGUCCAUUGACUAAACCUCGCACCUGGCGCGAAAGCACCAGUCAGUUCUCGGUCUACUACAACACUCCCCUGGAAUCCUCCCCUGACUUCGUCCCCUUCUUCAACGCACUUCUCCAACCUUUUUCCACUGGAGAGAUCAUAGGCUUGAACUCCACCAAUAAGGCUGGCACCCUUUAUGAGCUUCACCUCACCUCUAAAGACGAUUUAGUUAUAAGAACAACUGUAUUUGCCUCCCCUGCUAUUGCUAGUUUUUCAAAACUCUUUCAACUGAACUUGUUGAAACUCCCCCAUUAUGCUCCUGAAGAUUAUGACACGUUAACCAAUAAACUUCGUACCACUCUUGCCAAAUAUGGCUACGUUCACAACAUGAUUGUCAAUACCCUUUUUGGGUUUAUGGAUGGCACAGGCUAUGCCUAUGUGGAACGUCCUCCUAACAAGGAAGUUGGUCACCUUUGCUCUCGUUGUCCCCAUGCUGCAGAGGUUGAUAACUUGUAUAAGCGGGAACAGAAGACUCCUGUGCAACAUGGCCCUCCCACCCACACUCGACCUUCUGUCCCAACCACCAAGAAGCCUGCGGGCCAAUCAGUAGUAAUAAAAACCCGAUUUGAGAUUCUUGACACUUCCCUUUCCUCUGUUGCGUCUAAGCACAAUCCUGCUAAUGCCAACAUUGUCUCCAAGGACAAGAAGAUCAACAAUUCUCCAGUAGAGGGAAUUGAGACUGGACCCAUUCAACUUGAGCUCCCCAAGCGGAUUGGCACAUCGAUUGAACACUUUGACUUCUCUGCGAUAGACAGGAAAGACAGGGAAACUAUCCCUGAAGAUGAUCCUGAUCUUACUGAUCACAAUAUAGACGAAGUAGACAACUACUUUGAGACAGAUAUAGACGAGAACAAUUUUUCCGUGCACGAUACCCCACACCCCCUCCAAUAA